GAGCCAAUCACAGAUCAGAAGCCUCUAGAACCUCGUAUGUUCAGGUUUCGCUCUACAGACUUCUGAUCUAAACACACCUUUUUAACUUCUACUCUCUUAACCCUAACCCACCUGUAGACCCCCCAGGUCCUCUGAUGGGACCCCCCCCAGGUCCUCUGAUGGGGGACGACUUGUUGUCUUUGAGUCAGACUGUAAAGUAAAGGUGACCAUGAAUCAGUGGCUCCGCCUCUUUGGGCCGCUGCUCCGUGAUGUAGUUCUGUUCUCUGUUCUUCUUUUAUGGUUUUAUUGUUGUUACAUUUUAUGAAGCAUGGUGCUUCACUAAAUAAACCCCAAUCACUAAGUAAGCCCCGCCCCAUCCACAUGGUGACACGGUUUCUAUGUUCAGCCCCUUUUAGUUCUCAGUUUUUUAUUAAAGAGUAACUAAAUCCUAAAACCACUUUUUUUCAACUAUAAACCUCGACAUUUGAGUACAAAGUGUGUUAGAAAUGUGCAUAGUGUCUGCCCUCCCGUUUGAAAAAGUCUAACGACUGUGUGGAAUACAGUACUACAUCACCAAACCUAUAACCUAUAAACCUAUGAGCCUCUCGCACACACCUGCCGAACACACACACUCGCCUUGUUCUCUCUUUCCUCACUCGCUCCCCCCACCCACACACAUGUGCACUGAGCCAUUUACAGACAGACAUACCCUGCUCGUAUAACCAUGGUUAUUUGUUUCCGUGGCACACGUGCCAUUGCUGCUUACGGAGUCGUCGCUCAUGGCUAAAUAACCUAGCUAAACCUACCGGUUGUAUCUCCUCUACAAUCAUUGGGUUCUUCAGGUUCUCCUCUUCUUCUUCAUUCUGGUCGAUCUGUCCCUCGCCAUCUUCGAGGAGCCGGCCGUCGUUCCUCUGCCUCUCUGGGUGACCAUGUUGGUCGAGCUGCUCUGUCUGCUCGCCUUCACCGUCCGACUCGUUCACUACGCCAAAGUGAUCCCCCGAGACAAGUUCUGGAAAGACCCCAAAAACAUCUGCAUCAUUGCUAUCCUCAUGCUUACUCUGGUCGACAUCAUCAUCUACGGAGCGCUGAAAGCUGCUAGCUGUUACGGUGUCCGCUGGUCCAGAGUCCUGCGCCCGCUGCUAUUGGUCAACGUCACAGAGGGGCGGCAGCUCCGCAGAGCGUUCAGAAGCAUCCGGAACGCUCUGCCUCAGAUCUUCUACGUCUUCCUGCUCUUCAUGUUCAGCGUCCUCAUCUUCUCCCUCAUGGCGCUCAAACUGCUCGGAAAACGAGGUCUGAAGACGACAGACGGAGCUCCAUACUUCACUAACUACAUGGAGAUCGUCUUUGACCUUUACGUCCUCGUCACAACGGCCAACAGUCCUGACGUCAUGAUGCCAGCGUACAACGCCAGCUACUUCUAUGCUAUCUUCUUCAUCCUUUACAUCCUCAUCAACACCUACAUCUUCAUGUCCGUGUUCCUCGCCGUUGUCUACAACAACUACAAGAAGUACCUGAAGGAGGAGGUACGGCAGCUGGUCAGGACUAAAAGGCACAAGAUGGUGCGAGCGUUCGCAGUGCUGCAGGAGCAGAGACAGGAGGGGGCGGAGCCUGUAGUCAGCCAGGCGAACUGGAAUCAGGUGGUUAGACUGGUCCAUCCUGACAUCAGCAACGCCCACCGAGAGCUGCUGUGGAGCGUCUCAGACCACAAGAACCAGGGCUGCAUCGGUAGGGUGGCAUUCGUCCAGCUGGCCGACCUGCUGAACAUCGAGGUGAUCACGCUGAAGUCCAGGCCACACCCCUUCCAUAGCCUGUGCCCCGCCCUUUACCUGUCAGCACCCAGCCACCUCAUCUGCUGGCUCGUCCAACACAGGGCGUUUGUCAUCGUGUACGACCUAAUCAUCCUGGUGAACGCCGUGUUCAUCGGUCUGGACGAGGAAAACCCAAUGAUCGCCAACUCAGAGUGGGGGUUCCUGUCUCUGUACCUGCUGGAGAUCCUGCUGAAGUUGUACGUGUUCGAGCCCCGAGCGUUUUUCUCCAGACACAACUUCUGGAACUGGUUCGACACAAUCAUUGUCGUCUCCGCUCUCAUCGCUACAAUUAUCAACUCUGCCAUUAAAUCAUCGGGGGGAUACAGCAGCCGUCAGAUCCUCGACAUUGUCUUCAUCCUGAGAGUCCUCAGACUGAUCCGGGUGGUCGACAGCAUCAAAAGGUUUCGUACAAUCAUCAACACGCUGAUCAGGAUCGGACCGGCCAUCCUCACAUUCGGACAGCUCAUCAUUGUGGUGUACUACAUCUUUGCCAUGGUGGGGAUGGAGCUGUUCAAAGGGAAGGUGAAGUAUUAUGAGGACACCAGUGACCCGGCCAGUGAAUACUGUGGAAACCCUCUGCUGAAAGGAACGCCCUUCGCACAUCUCAACUACUGCAAGAACAACUUCAACAGCGUGGUGUCCUCCUUCAUCCUGCUGGUGGAGCUCACUGUGGUCAACCAGUGGCAUGUGCUCAGCAGCGGCUUCACCACCGUCACCCACGUGUCAGCCCGCAUCUUCUUCAUCUUCUUUCACAUCAUGGUCGUCAUCGUCAUCAUCAACAUCUUUGUAGCGUUUGUCCUGGAGGCAUUCUUCGUGGAGUACUCGGUGGAGAAGAGCGACCUGCAGACUUCUCUGGAGAAGAAAAUCAAGGAACUGGAGCUCGCUGUGGCAGAGGAGAGGUUAGAGGAUAAUUUGGUCAACGCCAUGGAAACCUGUGACAACGACCUGGGAACUGGCCAAUCUGCAAACACCAAACCCACCCUGAUGUUUAAAAUCGCUUCAAGACGAUAUCGGACGGUGGACGCUCUGCUGCAGCGGAUGUUUGAGGCUGAUCUCGACCCUGAAGACUUCGCUGAGACGGACGACCCUGAAGCUCAGAACAACAGAAACUUUGCCAACCCCACGUUCAGCUCUGUGUAGACUUUAAUGUAAAAUAUAUAUAAAGGGAACCAGAUUCUAUCUUUUAUGUACAUUUUUAUACUCAUCUCAAAUCGGAUGUUAAUCCAGUGCAGUGUGUCAACAGUCAUAUCUAGUGUUAUAUUUUUAUAUUUCUGUCCAGUUGCUCUGUGUUGAAACAGAAAAUCAGUAUUUUUCACAUAAAGAUUAUUUGCACGUGUCAUCUCUGAGAGUUGUAAUGUCACACUGCUGCUGUGUUUCAGGUUUAUAUAAACGCUGUAAAUCUGCUCUAUUAAAAUCACUCUUACCUCCUGGUCUCAAAGACA